AUGGCCAAAACCUCUUCCAUUGAGCAAGUUGAGAAUAUCGACGUUGAGGACGAUGGUGAGGAGAUUUAUGUGACAAAGUCCAAGGUGAACGUGAGUGGAACUGUCCAGCUCACUGCAGGGACGAUUGUAUAUAUACCGACCCCUACGAGUGACCCUCGAGUCUCGACCAUCGGGUUGUGCAUCGUCUCCGGAUUUGGCGGCCUACUUGCCUUUUACAUCCCUGGAUAUGUAACUGCUGGCAAGACAUAUGCCGACAUUACCUCUCUCAUGACUUACCCUACACUGACUAUGGGCAUCGGCAACUUGAUUGGGAUGCCGAUAGCCAUAGCAGUGGGUCGUCGCAUUGUUCUCCUCGUCGCAACUGCUAUUAUGCUCGUUGGUGCUAUAUUGUGUGCGUUUGCAACAAACUUCGAGUGGCACCUCGGAGCGCGUAUGCUUAUUGGCCUCGCUGCUGGCCAGAGUGAGGCUCUUGUUUCCCAUGAUCACUCAGCGCGAAAACUGACCGUGCUCCGUAACUCUAGGAAAUCUUUUUUUCUUCACGAAAGGGGCACGUUCCUCAUGGUUCAGCAGACAAUUCAGACGAUCGCAACUGCUGUCUUGGUUCUCUUCGCCAGUCCAAUCGCUGGAGCUAUAACACCUGAAUGGUGGUAUGGGCUUGGUGCUUGUCUUUCCGGGGUUUCCUUGGUGAUGGCAUUCGUCUUCGUCCCCGAGACAAAGUACUUCCGCCCACGAUCCUCCUUUCAAGAGAACAAGUCGACUGAAGGCGUGGGAGAAGAGUCGGAUGAAAACUUCUCCAAACGCACUCACAAAGUGGUGACAGACAGGCCUGCCCUUGACUUUGUCACCUACGAGGCUCGUACUUGGCGAUCCGAUCUUCGGCUUUGGAUUGGCUCGCCUGAGUGGCGCAUGGGAAUGAAAACAUUCUUCCAAACUUUUCAACUGCUUUUGUUCCCCAAUGUUCUUUGGGCUAUGGCAUUGAAUGGCCUCACUCUGGGUGUCAACAUCGCCAUUGGCACCACCUACGGAACCAUUCUCACCUCGUCGUACUACUGGCCGGAAAAGUCCGCAAGCUACAUCAACUGUGGCCAAAUAAUCACAUCCCUAAUAGCCCUGCCCGUCUUCGGCUUCGGCUCAGACAGGCUCAUCGCCUGGUUCGCCAAAAGACGAAACGGCAUUCAUGAGCCCGAAAUUCGUUUACUACCACUCAUCUUCCCCAUUAUUAUCGGUGUAUUCACUGCAGUACUGUAUGGACUCGGUGCCACCGAUCCAACAUCUUACCACUGGUUUGUCUACGCCUGGGCCGUUGCUGCUUACUAUUUUACCUUCGUCGGUGCGAAUAUUGUAGCCAUCACAUAUCUGCUCGACAGUUACCCGCAGCGAGCUAGCUCGCUGUUGAUUAUUAUUUCCCAUUCAUUGACCGAAGUGGCUAUGAUGGAGCAUUUCGGCACCUUUGGGGGUUUGACUGCCGCGAUCGGGCUGCUUGGAAUUCCUGUGUUUAUAUGGGGUAAAAAGAUUCGUGAGCGCACUGGUAAAUUCGCCGUGGACGAGUAA